AUGAAUGUUAUUCCUCAUUUCAUCACUGAUCUUGGAAUCUAUCAGGAAAAAUAUAUCACUGUGCAACAGUACGUCAACCAGGGCAAAGAUGAAAGGUUUGAGAAGGGCGUCAUGGUGGAGGUCAUCCAGCGAAAUCUCGAAGGCUGGUGGUUCAUCAGAUAUCAAGGCAAAGAGGGAUGGGCACCUGCAUCAUAUCUGAGGAAAAUCAAAGAUGAACUUUCUCCAACGAAGAAGCCUGUUAAUGGGCCGGUUGAGAUCAUUGGCAACAUAAUGGAAAUAAGUAACCUUCUGAACAAGAAAACAAGCAGUGAAAAAGAGAUUCAGACAGAGAACGAGCCCAGACAUUAUGAUCAUCCUCCACUCACUGCAAAGGAGAUUAGCCUUCCACUGCCAUGUGAACAGACCAAUGGUGAUGUAGCAGUGUUAAUAGGAACAGAGAAGAGAUUCAGUCGAGCCACACCAGGCACCCCAGCUGUGGCCAGGAUCGCUCCACAGAGAGCAGAGAUAGGUUCCCCAAACCUAAGGCAGAAGCCGCCCCCACGAAGGGAGGCAAGUAUGGGAUUCCAGUUGCCCAAGCCUCCAGAGCCGCCUGCUGUUGAAGUGGAAUACUACACCAUUGCAGAAUUCCAGACACACAUUGCUGAUGGCAUCAGCUUCCGAGGAGGCCAGAAAGCUGAGGUCAUUGAGAAAAAUCUAGGCGGAUGGUGGUACGUGCAGAUUGGGCAAAAGGAAGGCUGGGCACCAUCGUCUUAUAUUGACAAAAGAAAGAAACCAAACCUGUCCAGAAGAAGCAGCACACUAAUGCGGCCAAAGAUCCCUCCCCCAGCACCACCCACCAAAAGCAAGCCAAACUCUGGCGAAACAAGUCCAGGAAAUGAGCGGGAAUGCACACAGCAAAAACCCAAGUUUGAGGAACCAGAGUAUGAUAUUCCUUCUGCACUAUAUGACCAUGAGCCACAAAAUGAUCUGAGGAGCACUGAUUAUGAACUAGUCAAAGAAGAAUUAUUAGAACAGGACCAGACAGAUUCCAGCCAACAGCAGAUCAAACAAUGCCCAAACUCCACACUGAGGAAAGCUUACUUCAGAGUUGGUGAAUCUUCAGAAAGUUUACCUUGUGAUCAUCAAUUCGUGUGUACUUCUGGUGAUAAGGAUUACAACCAAGGAGGAAGUAACAAUAAUUUAGUAUCUAAUGGGGUCUAUGAAAUUGUUAGUCAGGUUGUUGCUACACUGUCAGUAACUGAGACCAGCUCUUCACCAAAACACAUUUCCUCAAAGCAUUCUCUAAAAAAUCUUCAGUUAAAAUCUGAGACCAAAAAGGACCUGGAUCUUGGAAAGAGUGCAGAGAAUUCUAGCAAAUCCAUGGUUGAUAUCAAUGGGUGCAUUGUACAGAAACCUGGACCAAAACGAGAAAAGGACGCAUGUGAAACAAAUCCAGGCACAGAUCAGAGAGCCAUUUCCAGUCCCAUCACAAAGCCAAAGCCUUCUGUAAGACCAAAGCCUUUCCUGGUAAAACCAGAAGUGCAGAAUAUGGAGAUGAGCAGCAUCAGGCGCCAUCUUAGGCACACAGGACAAAUUAAGCAUAGCUCCAAAGGGGCAAAAAGUGAUGAUGCGGAUACCAGUUCAUUAACAUCCUCUGAAAAUUCAGAAGAUUCCUUCACUAAAAGUACAGUUGAUCUUUCAACACAUGCAUCACCGGGUCAUCAUCAGUCGGACGUAGCAAGGCCCAGUGAGCAGGAGGCAGAGUCAUUGUACCAAUAUAGGACAGUGGAUAAAUAUGAAAAAGUCCAGGAUAAUGAAAUCAGUUUUCCAGCAGGAAUAAUGGUACAGGUUCUGGAAAAACAAGAUAGUGGUUGGUGGUUUAUUAGAAUUGGAGACACGGAGGGAUGGGCACCUGUCUAUUUCUUGGAGCGUGUGAGUGGCAAACCUGCAGAGUGCACUGCUAAGUUGGAAACGUGUGGAGGUGAGAGGUCAAUGAAUGAAAAGCAACGCAACUGCACUGAGAAAAUAGACACGGUCCAGGCAUUAAACAACAUCAACCUUGGUCUAAAGAGAGCAACACCUCCAAUCCCUGCAAAACCCCCUGGAGGGUUUACUAGACUAGGAGGAAAUGUGAAUGGUUCCGUAAAAAUGAGAAACGGUUUAAAGCAAGCAACUGUGAGGCCGCAAUCCGUGUUUGUUGCCCCCUCUUGCAAUGAUAAUACCAACCUGGCUGGAUUACUCAGGAGGAAUGAAUCUAUGGUGUGCACAGACAAUAUCAGGUCUACAGUCAGUAUUCGCCGAAAUUCAUCCUUCAGUACUGUCCGGUUACGGAAGAAGCCUGAUGAAUCUGAUAACCUUCACUCAUCUAUAUCGUCUUCCAGCCAAACAAAGGGUAAACCUCCAGAAAAGUGUGGAGUUGUUGAACCAGAUGUCACAGCAAGAAUCUCCCAGAAAAACGGAAUUCCUGUGUCUGCUGUUAGACCAAAGCCAGUAUGCAUCCAGGAGAAACCCCAGUUCGUGCAGAACAACUGGAGAGAGAUGUACGUUGCAAUUGCUGACUAUCAGGGAGAUGAAGAAACCAUGGGUUUCCAAGAAGGGAGUUGCGUGGAGGUGCUGGAACGCAAUCCCAAUGGUUGGUGGUACUGUCAAAUAAUGGAUAGAGGACGUUGUCAAAAAGGAUGGGUGCCUUCAAAUUAUUUAGAAAAAAAGCACUAAUAUUUGUUUUAUAUAAAAUAUUUCUAAUUUA